AGCACGUCUAUUUAUAGUGGAAAACCAUGGCUCUAAAAACAGGAAGAGACUGGGCAUGAUCACAGGAAUGCAUUUGUUUAUCCUCUGUCUCCAGCUAAAGCCAAAAUCUCAGAAAUUCAUGUGAUGAGUUCUGCUAAUGUGGACAUGGGGAUUAUCUUCCUCAUUCAGACAAGCACUGGUAUCCUGGGAAACUCUACGCUCCUUUGCUUUUAUAGCUUCCUUCUCUUUUCUGGACACACGGUGAGACCCACAGACUUGAUUCUCGGUCAACUGGUUUUAGCCAACUCCAUGGUUCUUUUCACCAGAGGAGUCCCUCAGACAGUGGCGUGCUUUGGAUGGAAACCUUUCCUGGAUGAUGUUGGCUGUAAACUCGCCUUCUAUCUUCACAGAGUGGGCAGGGGAGUUUCCCUCAGCACCACCUGUCUCCUGAGUGUCUUCCAGGCCUUGAAACUCUGCACUAAUUAUUUUCAGAGCUUUGGAAUCCAAAUACAAUCCCCAAGGUGCAUCAGUUUCUGCUGUGUCCUUUUGUGGGUUCUCCAUCUCUUCAUAAAUAUAAUAGUUCCCUUGAACAUGACUCAGUUAGUCGACAGCAAAAAUGUAAGUGUGAUGAGAAAAAACUUUGGCUAUUGCUCCGCCCCCGUUCUGGAUAAACUUACAGCUGGACUUCACGCAGUCUUGUUCUCUUUAUUCGACGUGAUGACUUUGGGUAUCAUGUGUUGGGCCAGCGGCUCCAUGGUCCUGGCCCUGCACAGGCACAGGCAGCGGGUCCAACACAUCCACAGCCACAGCCUCUCCUCCAGACCUUCUCAUGAGGCCAGGGCCACACGCACCAUCCUGAUCCUGGUGAGCUCCUUCAUCUUGUUUAAUUCUAUUGCCUCCAUUUUCACCUUUUGUUUCUCUUUUGUGAAUCCAGGCCACCGGGUGGUGCAAACCUCUUUGUUAGCAAGCUUAUGCUUCCCAACACUUAGCUCUUUCCUGCUCAUCAGCACCGACUCCCGAAUCUCACAGUUCUGCUUCUCCUGCUGGCAAAGACAGCAGUACAUUUGCUAA